AUGGCGUAUUUCCAGGCCUCCCACCUGUACACUCGUUUGCGAGACAAUCUCCCCACGCCAUCUAUGCCCGCUCCGAUUUCUGCCGUCAUUCUGGGGAACCAAGGAGGCACGUCGACCAAAGGCGACCCGCGCAAAAGUGUCAAAUGGAUUGACGGCCUCCGCGGAAUCGCUUCGUUCAUCGUAAUCCUCACCCACCUCGCUCGUGGCUGGGACUACGAACUUUUCUCCCCGAGAGACAAUGAAGAUGCAACACCUCGAAUUCUACAAUGGCCGAUUCUACGCAUUCCAUGGCAAGGUCGAAUCGGCGUCACAAUAUUUGGCUUUCUCACUGGGUACGUUUGCGCCUUGAAGCCACUGAAACUAUCCCGAGGAGGCGAUAUCAUGGGCUCCUUUACGACUAUUUCGAAAAGCGCAUUCCGCCGACCCCCGCGCCUGAUCUUCCCUGCGGCAAUUGCUAUGGCUAUCUCGUGGACCGUUGCCCAGUUUGGUGCAUUCACUGUUGCCAAUCGAUCAGAUUGUUGGUGGUGCCGUUAUGCUGCUCCGGAAGUGGAGGAUUCGCUUUGGAAGGAGAUUAUUCGAUUGGGCGAGAACUUUCUGUCCGUUUGGACCACUAAAUACAUGGUCUAUGAUGACCACCAGUGGGCUCUUUUGCCUCUGCUUGAGACAUCGAUGCUGAUUUAUCUCUUGCUAUUUGCCACCAUGUUCAUGCGAUUCCGAUACAGGAUGGUGGUUUACAUCGGCAUGAUUUUAUACUUCCAUCAAGAUGCUGCACCUGAUACAGAAACGUUCCAAAUGCAAGCUGUCUAUGGCAUGCUACUCAGCGACAUGUCCUACAACGCAACGGUUAGAGGCUGGAUCGAGAACCACCCAUACGGUCGCAAGAUGAUUUCCAUUCCACUAACGAUAUUUGGACUCCUCGUUGCUUCAUAUCCAGGCGAGCACCCAGAAUGGGCAUCAUGGUCUGAUAUCAUGUUCAAGGCGUCCGAGUACAUUUUCCCACCAGAUGUCAAUAUUGGAAAACGCUAUUCAGCCCUCGGACUUGACAUGAUGAUUCUCGCAAUUUACGUAUCACCUUCUACGAAGGAAUUUCUCUCGAAUCGCCUGCUGCUCUGGCUCGGAAAACAAAGCUUCGCGGUUUACCUCGUUCACGGCACCUUGCUGCGUGUGGUGCUGGUUUGGAUGCUUUAUGGAAUCAGUGGUCAGCCCUGGGAGGGAGGCGAGGCUGCGACUGAGGAUGAUCGAGAGUGGUUGCAUCUACGCCCGCCGUGGGUCGUAUCCAUUUGUAUUCCCAUUUGGAUCGGAAUUGUUUAUGCCUGUGCAGCGGUGUGGACUGCAUACGUCGAUACAUUCUGUGCAUCGAUGACGCAGAAGCUUGAGAGGGCUGUUUUCGAGGAGGACGAAAAGGCUGCGUUGCCUUUGCCCUCUACUUCGGUCCCUAUGCGCACAACAUGA